GCAUGCGCGGGGCGGCGCGGCGCCGUGCUUGUCCAUGCAGCCCGGCCAUGGCCCUGAACUAUGAUCAUCUUUUCAAGCUGCUGCUGAUUGGGGACAGCGGCGUCGGCAAAACCUGUCUCCUCUUCCGCUUCUCUGACGAUGCCUUUAACGCAACCUUCAUCGCCACCAUAGGAAUUGAUUUCAAAGUAAAAACAGUGGAACUAGAUGGGAAGAAAAUCAAGUUACAGAUAUGGGACACGGCAGGUCAUGAAAGAUUCCGUACCAUCACAUCAGCAUACUACAGAGGAGCUAUGGGAAUAAUGUUGGUGUAUGACAUCACACAAGAGAAGAGUUUUGACAACGUAAAGAACUGGAUAAGGGAUAUUGAAGAACAUGCACCUACAAAUGUGGAAAGAAUGAUUCUGGGCAACAAGUGUGAUGUGAAUCAGAAAAGGCAGGUGCCAAAAGAGCGAGGAGAGAAGUUAGCGAUAGAUUAUGGGAUUAAGUUCUUCGAGACCAGUGCAAAAUCCAGCUUGAAUGUUGAAGAGGCGUUUAUUACACUUACACGAGAUAUCAUGACAAGGAGCAACAAGAAAAUGAAUGAAAACCGUCCUCCUGGAAAGAGUGAGAGCGUUAGGAUGACUACAAAGAGCCAGUCAAAGAAAAGAAGCUCCUUCCGAUGUACGCUGCUUUGAUGGGCUUAAAAUGACAGACCGCAGCAAACUCUUUUGCUUCUCUGAAAGAACAGUGCUGAUCAGCCUCUCAAAUAAAUUCCACCUUAUGUUCGCUGUUUGCAGGCGACAUGCUGGUUUCUGCCCAUUCGGCUGUGCAGGCACAUGUGAGUGCCCCACCCCCCAUCCCCCGCCCACCGCUGCCACUAGCCAGUAUUAACGUGACAAAAAUGGGAGCCACUGAAAUGGAGCAACAACAACUUGUAUCUAUGUAGUGCCUUAAUAUAGUCACAUGAGCCAAGAAAGUUGACAGGUGCAAAAUUGGAUAUCGAGCCACAAGGAGAUAAUAUGGGCCAGUGACCAAAAGCUUGAUCAGUGAGGUAGGUUUUAAAGAGCAUCUUAAGGAAGGAAAGGUAGAGGGAGGGGGAAAUUCCAGGGCUUAGGGACUUGGCAGCAAAAGACAAAACUGGCAAAGGUGGAGCAAUUGAACUCAGGAUGCUCGAGGGCAGAAUUGGAGGAGUGCAGAUCUCCCAGGGGGUCGUAGGACUGGAGGAGAUUACAGAGAUAGGGUUGAACAUGGCAUUGAAGGGGCUUAAAAUAAGGAUAAGAAUUUAAAAAUCAAGACACUGUUUUAUCUAGAGCCAACGUAUGGAAGAGGAUUUCAGCAGCAGCUAAACUGAGGCAGGAUGGAGGUAUGCCAUGUUAUGGAGGAGAAAAUAGGUGGCCUUAGUGAUGGCAUUAAUACGUGGUUGGCAACUUAUCUUGGAGUCAUAUUAGACACCAAGGUUGUAAACAGCCUGGUUCAGCCUUAAGACAGAUGUCAGGCAGAGGAAGAGUGAGUGAGUUGGUAGCUAUGGAACAGAGCUUAAGGUAGGGAUUGAAGACAAUGGCUUCAGUCUUCCCAAUAUUUUAUUGGAGGAAAUUUCUCAUCCAGUACUGGAUGUCAGAUGAGUACUCUGACAAUUUAGAGACAGUGGAGUGGUCGAGAGAGGUGGUGCUCAAGUAAAACAGGGUGUCAUCAGUGAACAUGUAGAGAUUGAUUUUACUGAGGGACAGCAUGUAGAUGAGAUUUGAAGAUGGACCAGUCUGUGUAGACUUAUGUCCAACCUGAACUGCCUGCUGCCAAAGCUGUCGUCUGUGUCUGGAACGAUGCAUAAAACAUGUAAGCUGUAAAAAAAAAAAAUCAACCCCUGCACCCAAAGAACUGCUUGCCAGUCUUCGUCUAUUCCAAGAGCCCACCCUAAAAAGUACUUUAAUCUUUGAUGUCUUUCCCCUCUAUCCACAUUCCUCACCAAAGAAAAAAAUUUGAAUCUCAUGCUCUUACUUUCAAUUCGGAUAACAGAGAUUGAAGUAUCUAAAACUAAUGUGAGCAGAAAAUGAAUAUUAUAAGCAGCAACACUUGGUCCUGAACAGAUGGGGCUUCUCUACCUACCCCUCACCCCUGCCUCCAUUUUAAUGAAACUAUUUGUGUGAGGAGUCCUUGGGGGGGAAAAGACGGGUUAGAAUUUUGGUAUGGUGCUCCCUCUGGUCAAAUAGCCUGAUUCUGUUCAGAGCUCAGACUUGAACUGUGGCUACUUGGUGAUCUAGCGCAGUAUGCUCAUGGGCCGAUAUCCCACCAAAUAGUGUGUGGCUGGUUUUGAGUAUUGACUGAGUGCAAGCUGUCCCCCCGGUUCUGCUGGACAGACUCCCUGUCCCACUCCCUCUUUGGAAUCCCCACUCGAGAGACCACACUAUCUCUGUGCUGGCCAGAACAACUGUUGAAACUACAGGUGUGUCCUCUUGUGCUGCCUCUCUUCACCCCUUCAUGGACUUUCGAACCCCACAAUCUCAUUGGUAAGCACACUUCAUUAACACCCCCUCUGCAUUUUGUACUCUUACCUUUAACUGCCUCAGAUCCUAACUUUGCCUCUGGCUCUCCUGAUACAUUGUAAGCUACAUAAUCAGAUACAAGUGGCUUUCUCUUAUAGUGCCAAGUUCCACGUGCACUAACUGCUAGAGCGUCACAGAAUGCCGUAGCUUUAUGCAUUGUAUAGCGGUAGCAGAGUAUCUCUGAACUGUUUUUUUUACAUAUCAGACUGUGCAGUAGUACACUUAUGGACUGUCUUGUAGAAUUUCAAAGUGCAUUCAAAGAUAUUUAACUAAUUUCUUUAUAUAAAAAAACUUUUUAAAUAAACAAACUGGUUAUUAUCUAAA